AUGCAGCGACAUCUACACCGGAAGGAUCUCAAGAAUCUUGGACGGACUUCCUGGGCUCGAAUCAAUCCUGCUCCUGUUACAGUAUUCACCAUAUCCCUAGCGACACGAUCUCUAAGGAGAAUUAUUCCUCUGGCCAACUCGCUAACACCGUUAUUUCCGACCGUACCUCAGCCGUACCUGACGCCAAGGCCCCCUCCUGGAUUGUCCGGAAUCAGCCGCAAAACAUGCGAGCAUACGCCGUACACAUUCGGCAUAGCUUUACCUCACCUCAAGCAUCGAAAAAAGAAAAAAAAAAGAAUGCAACUCUCAAACCAUCCCCCCAACCUCCCUCCCCCCUCCUCCCCCCAUCAAAACCCAGAAGAAGACUCAACCGCAAUCACCAAAAUCAUCCACACCAUCUGCUCGGGACUCUCCACGAAACACUUCGACCCCAACGACCCAAAAUACACCGACAUCAUCUCCUUCGAAAACUUCACCGCAACAAUCACAUCCCCGGUCUGUCUGGAACGCAUGAAUUUCACCGGCUUCAUGAACGCCUGUGCCGAAGUCGUGCGUACAUGUCCCGAAUGGCAGGGCGCGAUCCACUCCAUCGAGGCGUUUAUUGAUCUUCGCACUGCGGGGGAGCAUCCGGGGGUUUGGGAAAAUGGGGGGGCAGAAUAUUACGGGGGGGAUGGGUUGUUGGCUUUAAUGGGGAUGGGGAAUUGGGAUGGGGGGUGGAUGGAUUGGGGUGGGAGUGAAGUCGAGAUUUGCCUGACGCUUAGCUUUAACUCUCAGCUGAGCUCCAAAGUGAUCGGAUGUAAGCCACCUCGACAACGGAAGGUGCCAUACAGACCAAGCCUACCUAUACUUCGCACCAAUGAGCGGACGACAUCAAUGAUAGUAUUGUUCAAGAAAGUUUCGGCAGAAGUGUGGUUGAGAGUACACCUCAUCCUUGAAGCUCGUGAUGAGCUGGUCUUCUAUAUAUUGUUGACGCAGGACGUGAAUGUGGUCCCAAUGCUCAAUCGCUUCUAUGGUAUCUUGACAAUGCAAAUGGCCCGAUCGUCUGGGGAGCGUAUUGCUUCGAGAGCGCACCGGCAUGACGAGUCCCUCUUCAUCCCCAUCUUCUUCCCUAUUCAAGAAAGAAAGGUCAGUCAUUCGUUAUGAUAUCACUCCACCCCGAGUAUCGCUAGCCGCCAGGAAUUUGAGGAUGGUUCUUACUUAUCCAGUUCGCUCUGCUGCUCCGACGCCGCCUUGUGGUCAUCACCAUUGGCGGCUGCGGAUUGAGGUCGACUGGAAUCUCUCCGGUCUCCAGGCAGGUCUGUUUCGUUGGCUGUUCCGGCUGGGUCCAUCAGGCUCUGUCGGCGGACUUUCAACUUCUUCUCUGCUUGCUCACUGAUCCGAGUGAGUUCUGACACGAAGCUCUCGCCCCACCAGGCAGAAGUGUACUUGUUGACGUAUUUGGCUAGCUUCUGGUAAUUGGUGGCUCGCUGUUCUUCGCCCAUGGUAACUGCAUCGUGGAUCGCGUCUGCAAGUUCUUCUGUGUUCCACGGGUUGACAACGAGAGCGCCGUUCAGAGACUGUGCCGCGCCAGUAAAUUCGGACAGGAUCAGAGCGCCGUGUCGUUCUUCUUGGCACGCGAUGUACUCGUAGGAAACGAGAUUCAUACCGUCGCGAGUUGAGCUGACCAGACAGACGUCGGAGAUGGAGUAGAGAGCCGUCAACUCAUCGAAGCUGACGGAUUUGUGCAUAAAGUGAAUUGGCAUGAACUCGAU